AUUUAAUUUGUAUUGUUAUAAUUACUCAUCGAACAUAAUCGUCACUUUACCGAACUUGUUCCAUCGCAUUUGCGGCAAGCGUGACAGUCUAGAAAACAACAUACUUCCUUAUCAGACUCUCAGUAACGCGAGAGAAGGAGACCAGAGAAAAUGGCAUGGUGCGCAGCAAGGACCUUUAACUUGCCGGCGAUUGAUGCUGGUCUGAUUCGCUCAAGAGCUCAGAUUGCCGCUGGAGUCGGUUGCGUUUCAUUUGCUGGCUCCAAUUUAUGGCGUUCCUCUUCUACUUCUCGCCAUAACCCUUUUGCUUGCUGUGCCAUUUCUACUGAUGCUAGUUUAAAGGAAGCCGUCAAAACAGACAAGGCUCCUGCUGCAUUGGGACCAUAUUCUCAAGCCAUUAAAGCAAACAACUUGCUUUUUGUAUCUGGUGUUCUGGGUCUUGUGCCAGAGACUGGAAAGUUUGUGUCAGAGAGUGUGGAGGAUCAAACUGAACAGGUUCUCAAAAACAUGGGUGAAAUUUUGAAAGCAGCUGGGGCAGACUAUUCAUCUGUAGUCAAAACUACUAUCAUGUUGGCAGAUCUGAAAGACUUUAAGAAAGUGAAUGAGAUCUAUGCUAAAUAUUUUCCAUCUACACCUCCAGCUCGAUCAACUUAUCAGGUAGCAGCAUUGCCGUUGGAUGCCAGAAUUGAGAUUGAGUGCAUCGCUGCUCUCUAGUUUCAUUCUUAGUUUCUGUUGGAAUUUGAGUCAUGUACUCAUGAGUCUAAUCAGAAUUUGAGAUUGUAUGACGAAAUUCAACCUGUGAUUUUGUGGAAUAUCAUGUUUUUAGUAACAGUGGGUGCCAUUAGAUUCGUGAUUCCUCGCCAUUAAGGAUGUAUGCGCAGUUCUACCAUCUAUUCCAAAUUCCAAUAAGCUACUUCGUGUGGUA